AUGGCAUUCAAGAGAAUUCCCUUCACCGGGCCCAUAAAUGGUGGUAUACAGGAAGGCACAUCCAUCAUCAUCACUGGAUUGGUCCAACAUGGAGUUGAAAGGUUUCAUGUGAAUUUACAGUGUGGCUCCAACCCAAAUGCAGAUGUUGCUCUCCAUUUUAACCCACGGUAUGACAGUCGCCCGAGCUACGUUGUAACCAAUACUUUCCAGCAUGGUUGUUGGGGUAAUGAAGAAAGGAAGAAAAACUCUCCUUUGGCCAUUGGCACCGACUUCAAGCUGCUCAUCACGGUCUCCAAGGAUUUCUACCAGCUUUACAUCAACGGUUCUCACUUUAUGGAGUAUCGACAUCGUAUCCCGUUUUCCCGAGUGAACUCCAUCUCAAUUGCUGGAAAAGUAGACAUUUCCUCUAUUACCUUCACGAACUCUAUGGCAAUGUUUCCACCAUCUCCUGGAUUCCCGUCACAACCAGGAUUUGCUCCACCGGUCUAUGCUGUUCCAUACAAGGCCUUUCUCAGUGGAGGAGUUUUGCCUGGAAGGACAAUCACCAUCCAUGGGACUGUUCACCCAAAUGCAACAAGGUUCCACAUCAAUAUUAACCAUCCCACUGGCAUUGCUCUACAUUAUAAUCCACGUCUGAAUGAGAACAUUGUGGUUCGAAACACCAAGCGGGGGGAGAAAUGGGGCUCGGAGGAGAGGGGCGGCCCGAUGCCCUUCCGCAAGGGACAGCCUUUCACACUGACCAUCUAUUGUGAGAUUCACUCCUUCAGGAUUGUGGCAAACGGGGCGCACGUGCACGACUACAAGCAUCGUUUCACUCAACUGAAUCGACUUUCAGAGCUGGAGAUUGCUGGUGACAUCACCAUCACCUCAGUUAAUGUUUAG